UCACGAAGCGAAACCGAAAAGGGAAACGGAAAGGGAGGCUAAUGCCUCUGUGUUUUCGCUUUUAUCCAGGACUGUUGUCUGUGUCACUCCUCACUCAUGGUUUGAACAUUUUUUCAGGGUUAAUGAAAUGGUUUAACGGAAUUUAUAUUUCUUUUUCUUCUCACUCAAUUCCCAAGGCUUCGCUUAAAAACAACCACCCUUCCUCUAAUCAAAAUCUCAUGUUUUCUUGCCCCCUCCCUCUCCCUUCCUUCACUUUUUCUGCUUCUCUUUUUAGGGUUUUUUCUUCUUUCGGUCAUUUCUUCCUCCUGUUUUGAAACUAUAAAGCAAAUAGUAAAAGGAAAGUGAAAAAAAAAAACUCUAAACAAGCUUUCUGUUAUCUUCAAUGCCGUGAAAUUCACACAAAUCGAGUUUAAAGAGUUGAAUUUCUUACUUUGAAAGCCGAAUAUUUUUGUUAAUUAAGUUUUUAAGUGAUUGUGUUUUUUUUUUCUUUUUUUGGUUUUGGGGUUAAAUCGUGGUGAAAUGGGAGAUCUCGGGGUUAGUUUGAGAGUAGGUUAAUUAUAUUCUAGGAUCAAGCAUUGGUGUAAUGGUAAUUAAGAUUUAUCAUAAAGAGAAGAAAGAAUCGUGGCCUCCACAAUGCAUUUCGCUAAGCUUGAUGACUCGCCCAUGUUUCGCAAGCAGAUACAGUGCAUUGAGGAAAGUGCAGAGUUAUUACGCGAGAGAAGCUUAAAGUUUUACAAAGGAUGUCGAAAAUACACUGAAGGACUUGGGGAGGGAUAUGAUGGGGACAUCGCAUUUGCAAGUGCCCUUGAAAUGUUUGGUGGAGGGCAUAAUGACCCUAUUAGUGUGGCUUUUGGUGGGCCUGUUAUGACCAAGUUUACCAUAGCAUUGAGAGAAAUUGGCACAUACAAGGAAGUUCUUCGAUCCCAGGUUGAAACUGAGCUAAAUGACAGAUUACUGCAGUUUGUCAAUAGUGAUUUACUUGAGGUCAAGGAAGCACGGAAGCGCUUUGACAAGGCUAGUCUCAUUUAUGACCAGGCCCGUGAGAAGUUUCUUUCACUGAGGAAAAGUACGAAGAGUGAUAUAGCCAAUGUUUUGGAAGAGGAACUUCAUAAUGCGAGGUCAACAUUUGAGCAAGCUCGUUUUAAUCUAGUAACUGCUCUUUCAACUGUUGAAGCAAAAAAGAGGUUUGAGUUUCUGGAAGCAGUCAGCGGGACUAUGGAUGCACAUCUUCGUUACUUCAAACAGGGUUAUGAAUUAUUGCAUCAAAUGGAGCCAUAUAUUAAUCAGGUUUUGACCUAUGCACGACAAUCAAGGGAAAGGUCCAACUAUGAGCAGGCCGCUUUAAAUGAAAGAAUGCAGGAGUAUAAAAGGCAGGUUGACAGAGAGAGUAGAUGGUCUUCUAAUGGUUCUAAUGGAUCUCCUAAUGGAGAUGGUAUACAAGCAAUCGGUAGAAGUUCACAUAAAAUGAUAGAGGCAGUUAUGCAAUCUGCUGCAAAGGGAAAGGUUCAAACCAUUCGACAAGGCUAUCUCUCAAAACGUUCAUCAAACUUGAGAGGAGAUUGGAAAAGAAGAUUUUUUGUCCUUGAUAGCCGAGGGAUGCUGUAUUACUACCGCAAGCAGUGUAGCAAAUCAUCUGGGUCUGGCAGUCAGCUUUCUGGUCAGAGAAAUAGCUCUGAACUUGGAUCUGGAUUACUGGGUCGGUGGCUUUCUUCUCAUCAUCAUGGUGGUGUACAUGAUGAAAAAUCUGUUGCCCAUCACACGGUGAACCUGCUUACAUCAACCAUUAAGGUUGAUGCUGACCAGUCAGAUUUGAGGUUUUGCUUCAGGAUAAUUUCUCCAACAAAGAAUUACACUUUGCAGGCAGAGAGUGCACUAGAUCAAAUGGAUUGGAUUGAAAAGAUAACUGGGGUUAUUGCUUCAUUACUUAGUUCUCAGGCUCCUGAGAGGUGUCUUCCUGCUAGUCCCAUGGGAAGUGGUCAUCAUCGAUCCGCCAGUGAGAGUAGUUCAUUUGAAAGUUCUGAUUUUGAUCAUACUGCUGUUGAAGAGUAUACCUCUGAGAGAAACCUUGCUAGUGCACAUAAUGAACGCCAGUCAAGAGGUUCCCAACAUCAAAGGUCCUGCCUGAAAAAUGAAAAGCCAAUUGAUGUAUUGCGAAGAGUAUGUGGGAAUGAUAAGUGUGCAGAUUGUGGUGCCCCUGAACCAGAUUGGGCAUCUUUGAAUCUUGGUGUUCUUGUUUGUAUUGAAUGUUCUGGUGUUCACCGUAAUCUUGGUGUUCACAUAUCAAAGGUUAGGUCGCUUACUCUUGAUGUUAAAGUAUGGGAGCCUUCUGUUAUAAGUUUGUUUCAGUCUUUGGGCAAUACCUUUGCUAACUCAGUUUGGGAGGAACUAUUGCAUUCAAGAAGUGCCUUCCAUGUUGACCUUACCCUCACAGGCUUUUACAAGUCUGAUAAACCGCAGCUGCUUCUUACGGGCAAACCUUGUCAUUCUGAUUCUAUAUCUGUAAAGGAGAAGUUCAUUCAUGCAAAGUAUGCAGAAAAGCUUUUUGUUCGCAAGUCAAAAGACAAGCAGCAUCCUCAUACAGUGGCACAACAGAUUUGGGAGGGUGUUCGUGCAAAUGACAAGAAGGCUGUAUACCGUUACAUCGUUAAUUGUGAAGCAGAUGUGAAUGCUGUGUAUGAACAAUCUCCUGGGUCUUCAUUAACCCUUGCGAAAGUGAUGCUACUGCAAGAGCAUGCAAAUGUCAGCAACUCCGGUUAUGUAGCAGGGGAUUCUUUGGACAGAUCCUCUUCUAGCUCUUUCAACUUCGUGGGUACCAGUGAGGGUCAGUCCAUGGAUGACUUAGAUGGUUGCACGCUCCUUCACCUUGCAUGUGAAACUGCAGACAUUGGGAUGCUUGAACUUCUAUUACAAUAUGGAGCAAAUAUAAAUGCAAUGGAUUUAAGAGGUCAAAUGCCACUCCAUCGAUGUAUUCUCAAAGGCAAAGCUUCACUUGCUAAAUUACUCAUUACCAGGUCAUUUUGGGAUCCUCACUUCUUAAUGGUUGCUUUUGCAUAUUUCUUAAUAGCAGUUUACAUGCAUAAGAGAUGUUGUUUUAAUAUGGUUCUUUUGUGCGUACUGUGUAUUUUAAAUUCCUUUGAUAUAGAUCACCAGAUUAACAUAACUGUUCUCUCUUUAGAAGAAGGGUAG